CUCAUAUGCUCUGCCCUUCCCCUUGCCACCCACCCUACAUUGUUCCACUGUAGAGGUCCCUAGAGAGAGAAAAGCACUGCAGCCCCCCAAGUUUAGGGCAGCCCUACGGAGAGGAGAGAGAGAGCGAAGCAAAUUUUAGAGAGAGAAAAUGAAUUGAACGAAAAUAGAUGGUCGAUUCCCAUCAUCCAAUCCCAUGUGCUUCAACCUCUCUCCUGUCUUCUCUCCAAUCCACAAAUCUCUCUGAUCUUCUCUCUUCCAUCAAAAUUUCUCCUCAUUCUCUCUCUCUAUCUCUCCAAUUUCCCCAUAUCCAAAUUCCCAAAUUCCUGUUAGCUUUCUAGGGUUGUGAAAUUUUGUUGCAAAGCUAAAAAAAGCUGGUUAACAUUCACAGAUAUCCAUGUUAUUACCUCUGCUGAGAGGUUCCUCCCAAAUUCCCACCUUUUUUUCCGCCCCUUUUUAAACGAGAAACUGUUAAAGAAAAAAGAAAACUCUGAUCAAAUUUGUGCUUUCCCAUUUGUUUCUUGUUGUUGCUGUUGACUGUCCCGGCUCUGUGCCCAAGAACAGGGGCUGGCUUCGUAGAGAGAGAGAAAAAAAUUGGAGGUCUAGAGAGGGAAGGAGGGCGAUUAAUGUAGGGAAAAGGGGUUUUGAAGAUAGAGAUGUUGGCAAUGGAGAAGGAUUUUGAUGCCAAGUUGAAUGUUCAAGGCAACUCUUCUAAUGGUGGCAAUGUUCCGAGAUCCAAGAGCUUUGCCUUUCGCGCUCCUCAGGAGAAUUUUACAAUCCAGGAUUUUGAAUUGGGAAAGAUAUAUGGCGUUGGUUCAUAUUCGAAGGUUGUGAGGGCGAAGAAGAAGGACACAGGAACUGUAUAUGCAUUGAAGAUAAUGGACAAAAAAUUCAUUACCAAAGAGAAUAAAACUGCUUACGUGAAGUUGGAAAGAAUUGUCCUUGAUCAGUUGGACCAUCCUGGUGUUGUGAGACUAUUUUUUACCUUUCAGGACACUUUUUCUCUGUACAUGGCACUGGAGUCCUGUGAAGGUGGAGAACUUUUUGACCAAAUAACCAGGAAAGGUCGUCUGCCGGAGGAAGAAGCUCGGUUUUAUGCUGCAGAAGUCGUUGAUGCUCUUGAAUACAUACACAACAUGGGAUUGAUACACCGUGACAUCAAGCCUGAGAACUUGCUCCUCACUAGUGAUGGACAUAUCAAAAUAGCAGAUUUCGGGAGUGUGAAGCCUAUGGUGGAUAGUCGAAUUACCGUACUUCCAAACGCAGCAUCAGAUGAUAAAGCUUGCACGUUUGUUGGCACUGCUGCAUAUGUUCCUCCAGAAGUCCUAAAUUCCUCCCCUGCCACUUUCGGAAAUGACCUCUGGGCGCUGGGUUGCACCUUGUACCAGAUGCUUUCAGGGACUUCUCCAUUUAAGGAUGCAAGUGAAUGGCUUAUUUUCCAGAAGAUCGUAGCACGGGAUAUAAAAUUCCCCAGCUAUUUCUCGGAGCAAGCCAGGGAUGUCAUCGACCACCUAUUGGAUUUAGAUCCUGGCAAGAGACCGGGUGCCGGACCUGAGGGUUAUGCUUGUCUCAAGAAUCAUUCCUUCUUUGAGGGGGUUGAUUGGAAGAACAUAAGAACACAAACCCCUCCCAAGCUUGCUUUGGAAGCAUCUCAUUCGAACGAGAACGAAGAUGGCCAGGAGUCCUCUUGGAACCCUUCACAUAUCGGAGACGGUGUACCAAGAGCAAAUGAUGGGAACACUGGUUCUGCAUCAACUUCUGAAGGAUCAAACCACAUUACUCGGCUCGCGUCGAUAGACUCCUUUGAUUCAAAAUGGCAGCAAUUCCUUGAACCUGGAGAAUCUGUUCUUAUGAUCUCAAUGGUGAAAAAAAUUCAGAAGCUAACAAGCAAAAAGGUUCAGCUUAUUCUCACCAACAAACCAAAGUUGAUUUAUGUUGAUCCUUCAAAGCUCAUUGUGAAGGGGAAUAUCAUUUGGUCUGACAAUCCUAAUGAUCUCAACAUUCAAGUGACUAGUCCCUCAAAUUUCAAGAUUUGCACACCAAAAAAGAUUGCCUCUUUCGAGGAUGCGAAACAGCGAGCAUGGCAGUGGAAGAAGGCGAUCGAGGGGCUUCAGAAUCGGUGAAUCAUUCGUGGCUUCGACGACACAUUCUUUGGAAGAGUUUACAUUUUAAAGAGGAAAAAAAAGUGAGUUCAUUAAUAACUUGAAACUUUCUAGGAAAUUUUAUUCAAUGGAAGUUAUUAUAGUUGGAAGAAAAGAUCAGCUAAUCCCCCAACCCCAAAAGAAGAAAGCUGGAAGGAAGAAGAGAAGAGGAAGAAAGAGUGAUAUUAUUAUAUCAUUGAAUCAUUGCUUGGAAUUGUAUGUGCAGUUCUACUUAAGCCUGUGGGAUUAAUACUUGUAUUGAAGGAUACCUGCCAGUCAUUAAUGAAAUUUAUUCUCAUCAAAUUAUUUUCUAUUA